AUGGCGGUUCGAAUCGCUCAGACAUUAGGCCUUCAUCGACACUCGGCCGUUCAACCCUCAACUCAACAUGGUGUGCAGAAGAAAGCCGAGCAGCUCUUCCACGCCCGGAUCUGGGCGAUUUGCUGUUGCCUUGAAAAGUUCAUGCAGUUGGAAUCUGGGAGGCCAACAAUGAUAGCUGCGGUCGAUCGAGAUCAAAUGAUGGGACGUGAUCAGCGGCCACCUGGUCCUGAUUUCCUGCAAUGGCUGAUGGGUCUGGCCCAAUACCAGGAACGAAUCAUACAACAUAUCUACGGGUACAAACCUGGUGAAAGAACGGCUCGCACCGUGUUGCUUGACACUGCAGAAUUGGAUAGCCUACUAUUAGCCUGGGCCAACGAAGUGCCCGCUCAAUACCGGCUAGGAGCUCACCUGUUCUGCUUUGUAGAUGAAUACCAUUUUGCAGCUUACCUGUCAAUACAAUACCAUCAGGCCAUGAUAGCACUCCAUCGAGCAGGGCUUAUUGCGCCAACGACUAUCUAUGAGGCGGAGGUUGCAACACACUGUGCUGGAGACCCUUCGGAGUUUCGAUUGAGAAAGGGGGAGUAUAUCUGCAUUCAUAGUGCUCGCGAAAUCGCCACAUUGACCCUCGAGCUUGCAGAUCGCAAGGCUAACUCACGAAUACUCAAUGCGGGACCGCCAUUGAUGGCGUGUAUCGUGAUUGCUAUAUACCUCAUGAAAAAUCCGACCAAUAGGCUGAGAGUGGCAGAUCUAGAGCUUCUCAAGGAAUGUGCAAACUACAAUGCGGACCACUUCUUGGAUUCUGGUCAUGAUCCACGAUUCGCCCACGGAGUCGUCACCAUUUACGAGCAAGUCAAAGCACACUUCGAUAAUUUUGAAAACAAUAAUGGCAGAAAAAACGCGAAAUCCUCGCGCGCAUUGAUUGAGGGAACAAAUGAGCUUCCCACACAAAAAACACAGCCAGAAAGCCAGCAAGGCGCAUCUCUAGCCUAUCAUGCACCAUUCUCUCCAAACCAAAACUACCAGUUUUUCACGAACGCGGAUGGAGGGAUUCAAAUGGACAACCAAGGCAAUGCGUCACUUGACUGUGGGAUGAAAGAUGGCAAGUCUAGCAACAAUUUCGACUUGCAAAACGGCAACGUAAUAGCGCUCUUCCCAUUUGACGGGCUCAAUGUGGAAGACCUAUGGAAUUGGAUGCUUGUCACCGAUGCAAUAGAACCAACAGAUGAAACAGAGUGGAUGGGGACCCAAGUAGUCCAAAACGGUUCUGAGCCAUUACGGGAAAGUUGA